UUAUCCACCGACGGCUUUAUCGCCUUGUUUUUCUGUGCUGCUGAUGCUGACGAAGAAGCACGUAAUUUUUUUUCCAAUCGUCAGCUGCCCCCCGUGAUGUGCAUUUACCUUUUCUCAUCUUAGUUAACAUACGAAGUUUUGGGGAACCAAAAACUGUUCCAGUUUCGGCCGGCAAAAUGAACGCCGAAGAUCUGUAUUGGUUCACCUUCACCCUCGUUACCAUCGUGGGUUAUUUCACGUUCAAAUUGAUCACACGACACAAACAUUUCUUCACAGCCCGGGGCGUUCCCUUCGUGAAGCCGCACUUCAUUUACGGGAACUUGAAUGAUGUGUUGAGUGGAAAAGUUUCCACGCUGGAACUGGUGCAGCAGUUUUAUCAAAAGUUUGAAAAUGAACGCAUCUUCGGUUUCUACAACUACCUCAGCCCAGUGUUCUACGUGCGGGACCCCGAUCUGAUCGAAAAACUGUGGGUUCAGGAGGGCAACCACUUCGCGAACCAUGGCUAUUUUCUGGACGAAAGGAAAGAUGCGAUUCUCGGCAAUCAGCUGCACUUGCUGAAAGACGAAAAGUGGCACCGGAUGCGGUGCUCCUUGGGUCCAGUUUUUUCCAGUAAGCAGGUGGCUCCGAUGACGCGGUUGAUUCAAACGAAUUCAGCAGAUCUGAUAGAUCAUUUAAAGGGUCGCGUUGACUCGGAGCUAGAGUUCAAAGGAGUGUUUGUGCAGCAUGCUUUCAACGUGAUAGCUAGUUGUGCAUUCGGGCUGGAAUUGAACACGUUUAAGGAUGAGAGCGAUCAGUUUUGUCAAAUCGGUGGUGCCCUCGUGUAUGGAAACAAUCCGGUGCAGACGCUGAAAACUAUGUUGUUCUAUCUGUUCCCUAAAUUGAUGAGUAAGAUGAACGUUCAGCUGAUGGAGGCAAGUCACGCAAAAUAUUUUAUGAACCUGUUGAGAGCCACCAUCGAGGAGCGUGAUCAGUACAACGUCAAUCGACCGGAUAUGAUCCAUUUGCUGAACAGAGCCAACAAGAGAGAACUGGAAUUGAAUGCUGAAGAUCGGGCAUACUUUCAAAUAAAAGACAGUUCAAGGUGGAAGAUGACUAAUCAAGAAUUCGUCGCACAAUGUGUGACAUUCUUCGGACCCAGUUUCGAAAACUUGGUUAAUUUGAUUUCUUUCGCAAGCUAUGAGCUAGCAGCUAAUCCGGACGUUCAGUUGAAACUGUUUGCCGAAAUUCAGAACACUUCGAAAGAGACUCCGCUCAGCUAUGAUAGCAUCAACGGGAUGAUCUAUCUGGAUAUGGUCAUUAGUGAAACGCUGAGAAAAUGGCCGGCUGCUCCUUCCUGCGAUAGGGAGUGCUCUAAAGAUUACCGACUGAACCAACAGGAUGGAUUAAGUAUUCAGUUCCGGAAAGGUGAUUCCCUGUGGGUUUCGGUUUGGGCAUUGCACCGGGAUGAACGAUAUUUUCCCGACCCGGAACGAUUUGAUCCGGAGCGUUUCAGUGAAGCGAAGAGGGGUGAAAUUCGUCCCAAUACUUACCUGCCGUUCGGAGUGGGGCAGAGGAAUUGCAUCGGUCGGCGAUUGGCAUUGUUGGUUGCUAAACUCACGUUGGUUGAUUUAGUACGGAACUUUCAGCUGAGUUUGGGGAGUAAGCUGGUACAACCGUUUCGACUAGCAAAAGCAUCGUUUUCCUUGGAGCCGGAGGGAGGGUUCUGGCUGCAAAUAGCACCUCGAUUGUAGCCUAUUACAGUUCAUAUUCUCUUAGAUAGUUAUGUACUUGAAAUCGAAUUAAUAAUCAAGAUAACGUAGGAAA